AAGGACUCUCGACGGCUCUCGAGGCAGCUGUGAACCUCCCUCGGUGCCGUUUCGUUCAGUUCUCGUUCAUAUUUUGAGGGUUUUUCCGUGGCAAGUGCUCUGGGGGAGUUUUUUCACCGAAUAAUCUCCAGUAGAAUAUUUUUACUCUGGAACGAGGGGAAGCGAUGGCUGUCAAUGGUCAGCCGGUUGCACUGCGAGUCCGAGUCCUUCAAGAUGGACCUCAUCCUCGACAUCAACAGCUGGUUGUACCCGAUGGAACUCGGUGACAAAUUUCGUCUGGUCCUUGCGACCACCUUGAGGGAGGACGGCUACCCAGAUGGCGGAGAUUGGACUGCGAUUGAGCAAGAGGGUGGCUCACGUGCUGACAGUUUUGAAUAUGUCAUGUCUGGAAAGGUGUAUCGCAUUGAGGGAGACGAGGCAAGCAACGAACCAAGCACAAGGCUAUCUGCAUACGUGUCCUUCGGUGGCCUUCUCAUGAGGCUGCAAGGUGACGCCAACAAUCUACAUGGAUUCGAGAUCGACCAGCACAUGUACCUGUUAAUGAAGAAACUAGCCUUUUAAAGUCAUCUAUUUUUAAUUGAGGAAUAAAUCAUUUUCACGGGAGGGGAAAUCUGCUCGGGCUCUAUUGGGCUUGAAAACAUGAAUUCAGAACGUGUACUGUUUUUCAGACAUUGUGAAUGCACCGCUCAUAAUAAAAAAUGAGGAGGCGUUUCAAGGGCGAAUCAAAGUGUGCACUCUGCAUUUCGAAAGAAUAAUGCAGAGUUGAUGACCACACCAUCGAUUUGCCCUGGUUAUGAGUUUUUGUAUUAAAGUUUCAUGAUUCCUAGCCAUUCCGUAAUUGUGAAUUGUUAGGGGGGGGGGG